AUGGACUUUGUUACUCGAUAUCAGACGUUGCAGGGCUAUCAAAAUGCCACCGACCAGCUGAUUAAGGACCUUUUGAUGUACUGCAAAGAAGUCCAGGGCCACUAUGGCGAGGAAAAUCUUAUACUCAAGCAGGAGCUACACAAUGCAAAGCUCGACCUCGAGCACGCCACAGCCUAUAGGAGAGAGAUGCAGCAGACGCUGCAGGACCUUGAUUUUGAUAACAAAUACAUCAAGGUAGACGCCUGCUGCGCAGUAGCUCGUUUUCAUGUGUCCGGAGGAAUCGAGGGCGGCAAGAAGGCAGCUUACGCUCUCCGGACCGCCGUCGCCGAGUACGUGGGCAGCCAGUCGGGUGAAGUCGAGAUUGUCGCCAAAGUUUGCGCCAACCUUUCGGGCCUUGGACGCGCCAUGCGCAGAGACGGCUGCUUGGACAGCGAGUCUGAGCUCAAGGACUUCUCUCUGGGAUUUACUCAGGCCAAAUCCUCGUUUGAUUUCAUCGACGUUGGCCACGGUAAGGAGCGUGCCGACUCGAAGAUCAAAGAGGCCACCCGUUGGCAUUUGCGAAACUACAACUGCAGGCAGAUAUUGCUGGGCAUUUCCCACGAUGCGGGAUAUGCCCCGUUUCUCGACGAGAUCCUUCAAGAUGAGCAGAUCCGCUCGAAAGUCAGCAUCAUAGAGGGUGUCCCAACGGUCAGAGAGCUCAAAAACACCAACGUCCAUAUUCUCGACCCGCUGCCCGGCCUCUUCAGAAACCAGAAGCUCGUAGACCGUAGCGGCGAUCGCGCUGCCGAAGCAACCCACGCCAGACCGUUGACCGUGGUGACCAACCACACAUCGCCUACAGUGUCAGUCGCCUCGCCGGCGACCUCGUCAGCUGCAACGCCGGCCCCGUCAUCCUGGGCCGGCGUCACCGCCAAAGCGAGCCCCCCACCAGUCAUCACCACGCCGUUAGCCAAUAGAAAUAUCAACAUCCCGACUCGACAGACCUCGCAGCCCAAGCCGGCGGCCUUGCAGUCGAAACCGCAGAGCCCGGCGUGGAGCCCCGGAGAGCGUGGGCUCGAUCCUCCUAUUCCCAUCAACCCGGCGGCUCUCGAUAACAUUAAGAAGCGCACUGGUAGGGACAAGCUUUGCAACAACCAUUACCUCCGCGGGCCUUGUGCCAAGGGCGACGAGUGCUGCUUCGAGCACAAAUACAAACCCAACCCCGACGAGGUCAACGCCAUUGCCUUGUUGACUCGUCUCAAUCCGUGCACCAACGGCCAGGAAUGCGACGUAGAGAACUGUAUAUAUGGACAUCACUGCCCUAGCGUCACGGGCAACAUAUGCACGCAUCCGUUUUGCAAGUUCCGGGUUUCGGACCAUCCCCCUGGCACGAAGUUUAAGAACGCCAAAAUUCACGAGAAUUGA